AUGACUGAAGGAAAACAACUCAUUUUAGACACUAAAACCUUUCACAAACGCGCACGCAUUUUGCAAACCACCUGGAAGGAAUCGUUGAGUAAAGAUGCUGGUGACGAGUUUCAAGGAGCCGAAACAAUACUCGUUAUCGUCGGCGAUCUACUAGAAGAAUAUCCAUAUCAAAAGUCGACGGCGAUACAGACAUGGCUGUUGGGUUAUGAAUGGAAGGAUACAUUAAUCCUAUUUACACAAGACAAGAUACAUUUUGUGACAAAAGAAAAGAUAGCUGAAGUGUUAGAGCAGUUAAAUCAAGGUGAUAAACAAUUAUCCAUCGAGAUUCAUAAAUAUACAAAGGAUCAAUCACAGAACAAGAAAAUUUUUGAAUCCAUCCUUGAUUGUAUAGCCAAAGGAGACAAGAAACGCCUUGGAAUAUUGCCAAAAGAUUUGAAAGAAGGACAUUUCGUACAAGAAUGGCAGGAAGUUUAUGAAGAUUUAAAAGCCGACAUUGAAGAAGUUGAUGUUAGUGCUGGGAUCGCAUCAGUUUUAGCUAUUAAAGAUGAUGAUGAAUUGAAAACAAUCAAAGCUGCCUGUAAACUUAGUUCCUUGGUAAUGCAACAUUUCAUUGGAGUUGUGACUUCCAUUAUUGAUGAAGAGAAACAAGUCACUCAUGAAAAGUUAUCUGAAGAUAUUGAUAACCUAUUGAUAAGUGAACAAAAUUCUUUCCUUAAAAAAGGAGUUCAGGACGUUGAUCUUUCGCGAGCAGAAUUUUGUUAUACUCCAAUUAUUCAAAGCGGUGGUGUCUACGAUUUUAAAUCUUCGGCCGAAUCUGAUGAGCGAGUAUUACAUGACGGAACAAUUCUUUGUUCAUUCGGUCUACGGUACAAAUCAUAUUGCUCAAACAUUGGCAGAACUAUUUUAUUCAACCCGACGAAGGAACAAGAAAAGAAUUAUGAAAUUCUUUUAGAACUGCAGCGGCGUAUUGUUGAUAACAUAAAAAGCGGUGUUAAGCUUCGCGAUGUUUAUUUGAAAGCCGUUAAUUUUGUUAAAAGUAAGAAAUCCGAUCUGGUUAACCAUUUCGUAAAGAGCCUUGGUCAUGGAAUGGGAAUUGAAUUUAGAGAAUCUGCAUAUUCUAUAAAUUCCAAAAACACUAAAGAGUUCAAGCAUGGAAUGGUUUUUAAUUUGUUUAUCGGUUUUCAAAAUUUAGAAAAUCCAAAAGCCACAGAUGAAAAGGGCAAAAUCUAUUCACUUUGGAUAAUAGAUACAAUUAGAGUUUCUAAUGAAACAGCAACUUUACUCACAGAAGGAAAUAGAAAGUUAGAUAAUAUGGCCUUUUCUUUUCAGGAUGGACCUGAAAGUGAUCAGGAAUCAAAAAAAGAGAACAAACGUUCUGCUCAAAAAGUUGAGUCAAAAAGAACUGCUACAAGGAAAUCUACCAUUUUGAAAAGUAAAUUCAGAAGUGAAGACAAAGAUGAAGAUUCUGAACAAAAACGUAAAGACCAUCAGGCAGAAUUGGCUAAACAAAAGCAAGCCGAAGGAUUGGCUCGUUUUGGAGAUGGUAUAGAUCAUCAAACAAGCCAGAGGGAAGCUGUUUUUAGAAAAUUCGAAAGUUAUAAGAGAGAUACGGCCCUUCCAAAGGAAGUCAAAGAUUUAAAGAUAGUAGUAGAUCAAAGAAAUGAAUCAGUUAUUCUUCCAGUUUUCGGGCUAGCCGUUCCUUUUCAUAUUUCUACUUUGAAGAAUGUAAAUAAGACCGAAGAGGGAGAGUACACUUAUUUGCGUAUAAAUUUCCUAACGCCUGGACAAGCUUCUGGAAAAAAGGAAGAUAUGCCAUUCGAUGAUCCGACUGCAAACUUUGUACGUGCUGUUACUUAUCGAAGCACCGAUGAGAAUUUGUCUGAAAUUUAUAGGAAGAUAGUGGAACUUAAAAAGACUGCUGCAAAAAAGGAAGCUGAAAGGAAAGAGAUGUCGGAUUUAGUUGAACAAGAUAAGCUGAUUGAGUUAAGAGGUCGACGACCGACAAAUCGAUUGUCAGACGUGUUCGUUCGUCCAGGCCUGGAUGGAAAACGUAUACCUGGUGAAUUAGAAAUUCAUGAGAAUGGGUUGCGAUAUCAAUCACAUCGCUCCAACCAGAAAUUAGAUAUUUUGUUUAGCAACAUUCAACACUUAUUUUUCCAGCCAUGUGAUAAUGAACUCAUCGUGUUACUACAUAUACAUCUUAAGAAUCCGGUUAUACACGGGAAGAAAAAAACCCAGGAUAUACAAUUUUAUCGUGAAGCAUCUGAUGUACAAUUUGAUGAAACAGGGAAUAGGAAAAGAAAAUAUCGCUAUGGCGAUGAAGAUGAACUUGGAGCUGAACAAGAAGAAAGGAGGCGGAGAGCCUUAUUGAAUAAGGAAUUUAAAGCCUUUUCGGAGAAGAUUGCAGAAGCAAGUGAAGGGCGAGUGGAUGUUGACAUCCCCUUCAGAGAAAUUGCCUUUCAAGGUGUUCCUUUCCGAACCAAUGUGUUACUACAACCCACAACGGAUUGUCUCGUUCAUUUAACGGAUCCUCCAUUUUUGAUAAUUACAAUCGCUGAUGUUGAAAUCGCUCAUUUGGAACGCGUUCAGUACGGAUUGAAAAACUUUGAUCUGGUUUUUAUUUUCAAAGAUUACACACGUACUCCAGUGCAUAUUAACACAAUUCCCAUGAAUCAAUUGGAAAAUGUUAAAGAUUGGCUCGAUCACGUGGACUUGGUAUUUUACGAGGGACCACAAAAUUUAAAUUGGACUCAAAUUAUGAGGACAAUUAGUAAAGAUCCAGCAGAUUUCUAUAAGAACGGCGGAUGGUCUUUCUUAAGUAUGCAUGGCGAGGGUGAUGAUUCAGAGACUUCUACUGAAACAGCCAGCGAAUAUGUUCUCAGCGAGAGUGAAUUUAGCGAAAGUAGCAGCGAUGAUGAUAGUCGUGUUGACGAAGAAGUAUCUGAAUAUUCAGAAGAAACAACUGAUGAUAGUGGUGAAAGUUGGGAUGAGCUUGAAGAAAAAGCGCGUAAAGCCGACGAACGAAAGGAGGUACCGAAACGUAAAGAAAUAUUUGAAGACACGCGCGGGACAAACAAAAAAACUCGUCGUUAA